CCGACAGAUCCAGAGACUAAGAGGCUUGAUGGACAAUGUUCGAGGAGGCUAAAACCGAUCGACAAACAACUGGUUCAGGAAACGCUUUGGCGACAAUGGAAUUUGGACCACAAAACGCGUCCCUUGCCGACGGAUGGGUUCACGAAAUGUGCGUCGAAUUACGCGUGGCAAUGUGUUAGUAAAACCAGCGCGGAAUCAUUCGGACGGUGUUUAUGAGCAAAAGCAACGGCAAUGUGUUCUACUACGAUACGAUCGGGACAAAUCCGGUUAGACGCAAAUUAGGGGCUAUGCGCCACGGACGGUUCUAUACGGAGAAAUUGAAGAGGAAAUUUCCGCCAAUAAGGUUGAAAGAGAAAAUCAUCCACGCGUUGCACAUCAUCGAUGCAAUGCUCUGGAAGUUCGCGGCCUAUCACUCGACGUAUACGAAACAUCCUUUGCAGCAAGCUCGCCUAACCCAUCAAUCAACCGCUGGUCUAUCAAAAUACUUUCGCUGUUUGGACGGGGACCGUGUCCGGUGCAAGACUACUUCCGAUGAUUGAACUAGAUGGCUUCUUCAGCAAUGUCUCGAUCUACGAGCUAUUCAGUGGCGCUAAAUUGCUUGGAAGCAACUUAACCUUUUGGAGCCGAUUUUUUUUGCCGCUGUCGACGCAACCUCGCUGGUGUGGAACACGUUUGCUAUGCUCGGUUUCAUCGCCGGGGUCAUAUAUGACCCCUCCGGCUCCAAAGGGUUAGCAUUUCGACGGGCGAGAACUAAGCGGUUCUAAAUUUCCCUAUGAGUCAAUCUUUGUGCAGAUCGGUUCGAAAGGUGCCGAGAAGCAACUUGAAGCCGAAUUUUGAGAAGACUUUCGGCAGUCGGAUUUGGUGGGCCUGGGGCAAAACCAGCCAGAUCUACUCGUCGGUGCUGCGGUUCGAGGCGCCAAUUUCUAUGAGUUUAUUGCGAAAUGCGCCGAUAAGAAGUGAUUGGCGUGAAAUGGCGCUAGAUGUAGGGUAGAUUCGGAAGUUAACUAUCCAGUUCUUCAGUUUCAUGAUUUUGUUGUUCAAAUAAUGUUCUCAAUAAAUAAUCUAAUCAACAGUUAA